GAGGGAUGCCAAGCGGCUCUGUCAAAAUAAAAAGAAGCGUCCCAUCGCACUGAACAACUCCAAAUUUAAUUUUUUAUUCCCAAUUCAUAAACACUGCGAAUAAUUUAUCAGGAUGAAAGCACUAGUCCUACUCAUUAUCACAGCUCUACUGAUUGUGCAGUCAGAGGCUGGAUUCAAUGCCAGGAUGGCGAGCUACAGGGACCGAUCUCAAAGAGCUAGUUAUCCUCAAAUGAGUAAUACCCAGGAGAAACCGAAAAAUCUGCAAUCACCAUCCGAGAAUGUGAGGAGAGGCAGUACCCUCUCGGCAUGGGGGAUCAUCGGAUUAAUCCUUGCAGGAAUAAUCAUCACGACGACCGGUUACUAUGCAUUUGUCUUUUACCCCUAUCUCUGUAAAAAAGAGCGUAAUUACGACAUGAUCGAGCUGACAAAUGUCGUCUGAUUGUUUAGGCCUUAAAAAAUAUAUAUUAAUAUUCAAUUGACACCGGUGAGUCCCCGGGGGAGACAAUUAUAUUUUAUAACAUCAAAUAGAAAUUCAUUCGAAUUUUACAAUUUUAUGAUCAGACUGAAAUAAAUCAUGAGUAUUUUUUCAUCAGUACUGCAGACAAUAUUCGCCAUUACGGACAGUGCAGUGUAUUUUUUACAACAUUUAUUAUUCAAUAAAAAAACAAUUUACAUUUGAUAA